UGGCUCCACCCAACUCUAACAUGACAUCUGAUCCCAACGAACUUGUCACAAAAAAGUCGCUCGCAAUCGCUUUGUCAGCUCCAAGAGCUCCGCCUUCCGGGUCGACUCACCGUGCUGCCAUGCUAGGCCGAGAGGUGACGGAAAAUCCGUAUCACAAAUCGUUGACCGACACGACCAGUCCUCGUCUCCAACAACGCCUUUUCCGCCAGCUGCGCAACGCGUAUCGAACCGCUGCAAGCCAUGCACCGCAUCCUCAUCUGCCUUCGGCUCUGGAUACUGGGGACGUCGUGACACGUGCACUGGGAGCGUGGCUGAGCGUGGCGUCCCAAAAUCGAUUUCGUGAUUCGGGAGGCUUUCGGCGUUUGGUCGACUUCCUCGUCGUACUUUCGGCACCCGCAAUUCCACUUUCCGCGCCGUCGGCAGGCUGGAAUUUCUUGAUGCUCACUAAGCAAGUAAAGAAAUUGCGGUACGGAUUGAAUUCUCUGCAAUAUAUCGACUUCUUUCUACCUUACGAUCCUGCCGAAACGUUUACGAACACUAGGUCAGCUCGCCGAUUGAUUUUCUUCGUACACGGUGGUGCCUGGGGAAGCGGUGAGCCAUGGAUGUAUCGUCUGGUGGCUGGUGCUUUUUUGGAACUAGGCUACGCCGUGGCGAUUGUGGGUUACCGAACCUACCCGGACGGUACUGUUGUCGACCAAGUUGCUGAUCUCCGGGAUGCUGCGGCAUUUUUAGCACAAACGCAUCCUGCCUGGUGCGAACGUCAAGUCACCGUCAUGGGUCAUUCCUCGGGUGCGCAUAUAGCCUUACUGUUUUUAGUGGAUCGCUUCAUCACGAGUACAAAGCUUUCCGUCACUGCUAAUGGUAGCGGAGACUUCCGUAUCGAUUCCUUCGUCGGGUUGUCGGGACCCUACGAUAUUUCGCAUCAUUUCGACUACGAAGCAAAUCGCGGUGUAGAAGAAAUGUCGCCACUCAAACCGGCAAAUGGAUAUACUCGCCAGAGCUUUCGCACACAUUCACCGGCUCUUCGUCUCCUAGAUUCUUUGGCAUGCCAAGUUGAAUCAAACAGGGUGAUUGACAAGCUCUUCCCCCUUUUGGUUUUAAUUCACGGUAUUGAAGAUGAUACGGUACCUUUCACAGCAACUGCUGAGGCUGGACGGAUUCUGAGAAGCUGUGGAGCCCUUUGCCAAGAAAUUUACAUCACUGAGACGAGACAUCAGGAUAUGGUCAUGCAGAUAAUGCUGGGUGGCAAGACCCUAGAUGCUGUUAUUGACUGGAUUCAGUUACUACAUCACGAGUCGCCAGCACCGACGCCAAUAUAUAAAGUACAUGCAAAAA